CUUCACCAAGCGUUAGCGCGGCCGACCAAUCACAGCUGGGCCAAGGCUGCGCGUCGUUCACAGGCUGAGGCGUGACGUAAUGUCGCAAAACUGACGUGCCCUUGACGGCUGUUGAACUGGAGGAGGUGUGCGGUUUGCGGCACUUUAUGAGAAGGGGGAGGGAGCGGGGGAAUAGUUAGUAGCUCUUGACGUCACCAGAGAGCGAAGCAUUGUAAUGAGUGCGCUCGGAGAGGACUAGGUCCUGAGUAAAGAGCGUCACUGUGAUAUGGCUGACGGUAGGGACACCUACAGUUCAAUAAUAUGAGGUUUUAACCCUACAGCUGUCAUUGAUUACAAUUCACAAGAUUCUCAGACUGAAACUAACUGCUAACAUCACCAACACCCUCAUACCAAGAAUCCCCAGUCAUCCCUCCUCUCCUUUUCACUAACAUGCAGUGAUGGUGGUGGGUAACCUGGGGUAUUGUGGCUGCAGUGGGCUAUAAUUGAUAUAGGAUGCCAAGUCAGAGAUUUGGCUCACAGAGCAUUAAGGGAGGCAAACAGGGCUAUUCUGGCGAAUACAUAGUGAUUUAUUAAUAUCAGGAUGUAGCAAAGUCCACAUGACAAAUUUUCAGACUCUCCUAUAUAUUGGCAUGGCUUGGGUAUUGAUUUAAAAGGAAUUAUAUUCUGCUUCAAUUCAGAGCUCAGUUAAAAAAAAAAAAAAAUGAUUUAAAAGGACACUCCAGGCAUCUAAAUAAGGUUGUUAUGGUGCCUGGAAGCACUCUCAUCUCGGAGUUAAACCGUUCUCGAACGGUCUAACCCCAAAGUUGCCUCCAGCAAAUAUACUCCCCCUCCCGGCGGCUUCUGAAAUUUCAAAUUCAGGAAGCGCGGAGUGGUGCCUUGGCAAAGGUGCGUUUCUUUCCAAGCUACUUUAAUGAAUGGGGAGUCACUGAUUGGCUGGGAGCAUUAGCUGACUGCUCUCAGCCAAUCAGCAGCGGUAUUCUGCACUUUCUGAAUCUGAACAUUCAGAAGCCUGAUGCCACCUGAGGGGGAGUGGACAUAGAUGCUAGAGGCAACUCUCGUUGAUUAAACUGUUAGAGAACAGUUUAAUCCCUUGAGGUAAGAUUGCUUCCAGGGGUCUACUGGCACCAUAAGAACUUCAUUUAGAUUAAGUUGUUUUGGUGCCUGGAAUGUCGCUUUAACCCCUUAUGGACACAUGACGUGUGACAUGUCAUGAUUCCUUUUUAUUCCAGAAGUUUGGUUCUUAAGGGGUUAAACACCUUAAGACAAAAUAGCAGAACUGAAGUCAUAGCUGACUUGAAGAAUUUUCCACAUCAAUGCCAUUUCAUUUUUUAUGUUAAACUUCCCUUUGAAUCACCGACAGUCCACAUGUUCGUAAAUAACCCUGAUAGUUCAUCUCAGACAAAAUGCCAAGAAUUAACCCUGUGACAGCAUGUGGGAAAAAAAAAAUGUUUUGUGUACAUUGCAUGUAUGCUGUAGUAUUGAUUCCAGAAACUUUGGAUUGUGUAAAAUUGUAGACUGACAUAAAAAUUAUUCUGAGAAUAAAGUUGGAAACAUUACUUUUCUAUUAAAGAACCACAUCAAGCACCAUGACCACUACAGUGCCAGGUGUACCCUAGCACACUCUCGAGUUACUUACCUGGGGUCCGCCAGGUGCUCACCACAGACUCCUAUGCAUUUGCAAACCUCUUCACUGAGUUACACUCAGUUAUGGAUGGAGGUGUUCACUGGCUAAGAACGCUCAGCUGAUGCUUUCAGCCAAUAAACCAGCUUUGCUUCAGUGAAGCCAGAGGAAUCUCCUUGCCGGAGAGUCCAGGUAUAGAGCAGCGGAUGCCUGGUAAACCCCAGGUUAGUUAGCAAGCCAUUCUCAAAAUGGGCAUUGCCACCCUUGUUGGAGGAUGCAAGGGAAGGGUGACCAGAGGGCACUAUAGUUUUAGGUAUAUAACUCUGUAUUCCUAACACUGUAGAAUCCCUUUAAAGCAAAGUAGGUACUACUACUAUGUAUUUUUACUCCGCUUAUAAAAGCUUGACAAAGGAUAAAGCCUAAGAACAGCUCGGCCUCCUUUGCCAAGUAAAAUCUUCCCAGAACACUUACUUCUGCUCCAAUCUUGCAAGGCUCGUUUUUGUCUUUCACCAUUUAUUGCUCAUGCCCAGUACAAUCUCAGUCUCCCUGAGUCUCGAUCUUGUGCAGUGAGUGACGAGAGGGAGUUACUGGGCAUGCGCAAGAUUGGAAUCGUGUGGGGGGAGAAGAAGGAGGUGAACAAACAUCAUUGCCAGGCUACUAAAGAUGUUGCCAUAUUGGAACAAGAUCCUGCGCCUGAAGUAUUAAAUGUACCUUUUUUCCAGCGCUGUACCAACCUCGCUGAAACUGGCACCGCCCCACACCAGCUCCGUUGCUGAAAUCAUCAAAUUUGUUGAUCUUUGCAUUGGGAGGCUAUUGCUGAACCAAUCAGCAUCUCCUCGUAGAGAUGCAUUAAAUCAAGACUUCUUUGCGCAUUACAGCCAUGUCAAGUACAUGAUAGUGAAGCAGAGUCUGUGGAAAAUGGCAACCUGCAUUUAUCUACUUUGGUUAUAUACUCAUUAUUUCAUUGUACCUUACACAAAUGAUAUUGACAACAAUCCUAUUUUUAGGUGGGAAUAUCUGCCAAUAACCUGAAUUUGAUGACAAAUUUAAAUGCAAAUGUAUAGAUUUCAAUAUUUUCUUUCCAGAGGAUUUCAUUUAUCUCCCGUGCCAGCAUAGAGUUUUAUAUUGUGGAGGUAUCAUUUGAGAUAUUAUUCAGAGUAGCACUUGGUUAUAACAGCUGUUGGAUUUUUAUUCUUUAUACACAGACAGUGUAAUUUUGUUUCAUGACCAGUGCACUUUAAACAUUGUUACAGUCCUUCAUCUUAUGCUAGGUUGGCACUUUAAUGCAACAAAGGUAGGAGUUGCUAUACUCACAAUAUAACUAGCCAGCUGUAUCAGAUCCUUACCUGGGAGUGUUACUUAGUUUUUCAGACAACAUCCUGAUUUAAGCAGGAUCUGUAAGUAGAAUUCAUUUCUCUUCUUGUUUUAAUUGGUUUCAUGUUCAAAAUUUAAUUUUGAAAUUAUGUAUCCUUUAUUGGGUUGUCAACAGGUAAAUCUCUAAUUUUGGUAAAUCUCUAGUUUUGGUACAGCUGCUGCACCCCUAAUCCCUUGCCUAAUCUGAUGUGCUUUGGGUUUGAUUUCAUGUAUAAUCCCACAAGGGCUAACAUUGAUGGUAGAUCUUAUACAGGUUAGAAGAUAGGUCAUGUACACAGAUGAUUAAAUAAAAGCUACUGUCGACAUUUACCAUUACGUGGCUCAUGGCAAGCAUUUAAUGCUUCGGCAUGCAAGAUUUAUUUGAGGAUGUAUUUAUAUAAAUAUGCCCUAUCCUAUAAUUCCUAUAACAGGCCAUUAAAGGACCACUAUAGUGCCAGGAAAACACACUCGUUUUCCUGGCACUAUAGUGCCCUGAGGAUGCCCCCACCCUCAGGGCCCCCCUCCCGCCGGGCUCUAGGGGGAGGAAGGGGUUAAACUUACCUCUUUCUCCAGCGUCGGUAGGGGAACUCUCCUCCUCCAUAGCGACGUCAUCGCUGAAUGCACAGUGAGAAGCGCCUCUAGCGGCUAUCAAUGAGACAGCCACUAGAGGCUGGAUUAACCCAUUUAUAAACAUGUCUAUAGAAGAAAGGGUUAAUCCUAGCUGGACCUGGCACCCAGACCACUUCAUUAAGCUGAAGUGGUCUGGGUGCCUAUAGUGGUCCUUUAAUGCAUUGAAUGAAAGGAAAUAUGUAAAAGGACUGUGUUAGAGCAACAACUUUUAAUAAUAACCAUUUGGGCACACCAUAUUCUCCUUUUAGUUGGUUUCAUAUUACAAAAAAUGACAAUGAAUACAUAUGUGUAAUGAUACACAUUUUAAAUUUCUGUAUUAGAAGCUGAAGUGCAGUUAUUUUACCACUGAGGUGUUUUGUAGGAUUUUUUAAAAUAUACUUUUGGGUCAAGACAAUUUUCUGAUAAAUUGGUCUGUAAAAUAUUACUGUAAGUGUGGGUGGAUGUCAGCCACUGCUACAGUCACUGGUUAUUUUGUUCUGAUUCAUAUAGUGAUGUCAGGAAUUAUAAUCCCAUAUAACAUGGCAUUAGAAAUCUUUUGAUUCAGAUUUGUAAUUUCUGAAUUACGAUUUGGUUAAUACUAACAUUAACCCCUUAAGGACAGAGCUUCAGAAGCUUGUCUUUCACGUAAUGACAACAUAAUUUUUUGCUGUUUGCGUUCAACUGCAAUUUGCAAUAAUUAGUGCAGGUUAAGGAAAGUAAUUAAAAAUAAAUUCAUUUAGUUGUUCUGAUUUACAGAAUACAUAAUGUGUCUGGGAUUUUAAGUUUAUUUUUGGUAGUUACAGGUCACAAAGCACAAGGAGUAAAAUAAACUUUUAAUGUGGAGUGAUUUUAGAAUUUGGUAUGUUUGUCUUGUAAGCUUAAUAGCCAUAAAAGAAAACAAAAUUGCCACACAAAAGUAUAUAUUUAUAUAAAGUAGAUAUCACAGGCUAUUUACCUAAGCUUGUUUUGACACUUUCUACGUAGCCAUUUCACCGCCAACCUCUGCUAAAUAUUGGAGUAAAAUUGUGUUUUGUUUUUGGCACACAAACUUAUAACAAAGAACUUCUUGUGUGUAUUUUGUAAAGUUGGUGUGUGCUAUUCCUGCACAAAGUUUUAUUUUGUGUUCCGUUACAUCUGCUGAGUAAAAUGACACCCCCAUUGUAUGUUUUUGGCACUAUUUCGUGAAGCUACAUUGCCAUAUAGGAGACCUGUAUUUUUCAGUACUCACAGUAUAAUUUUGAGAGAUGGAUUUAAUGAGCCUAUGCUUCCAUUUGGUGUAUUAUAACAAUUUGACUGUUCAAAAAAAAAAACCCACAAAGGUCUACCAUUUGUAAAAGUAGACACUCCAGGGUAUCUCAUAAGGUGCAUAUUGUGCCUUAACCCCUUAAGGACUGGACUGUUUUUGCGAUGUUGUACAUUUGCGACCAGGCAUAUUUUUACACUUUUGUGGUGUUUGUGUUUGGCUGUAAUUUUCCGCUUUCUCAUUUACUGUUCCCAUACAAAUUAUAUAUUGUUUUUUUCAGGACAAAGGGGGCUUUCUUUACAUACCAUUAUUUAUAUAAUCUCAUGUAUUUUAAUUUAAAAAAAUACAAAAAUCUGAUGAAAAAUUGAAAAAAAUACAUGUUUUUUUGACUUUUACUUGAAAAAUCUUUUACUCAUCUACAAAAGCGAAUGAAAAAAACUGCUAAAUAGAUUCCAAAUUUUGUCCUGAGUUUAAAAAUACCCAGUGUUUACGUGCUUUUUUGCUUUUUUUUGCAUGUUAUAGGGCUAUAGGUACAAGUAGGAUAUUGCAGUUUCAAAACAUAAUUUUUUAAAAUUUAUCAAUAGUGACAUUGUAACACUAUUAUCUGUCAUAAAUCUCUGAAUAACACCCCACAUGUACAUAUUUUUUUUAAAGUAGACAACCCAGGGUAUUCAAUAUGGGGUAUGUCAGUCUUUUUUAGUAGCCACUUAGUCGAAAACACUGGCCAAAGUAAGCAUUCAUAUUUGUUUGUGUGUGAAAAAAGUAAAAAAACUAAAUUGAACGCUAAUUUUGGCCAGUGUUUGUGACCAAGUGGUUACUAAAAAGACUGGACAUACCCCAUUUGCAAUACCUUGGGUUGUCUUCUUUUGCAAAUGGUAUGCCAUCAUGGGGGUAAUUCUCAUUCCUGGGCUACCAUACGCUCUCAAAGGCAGCGUAACCAACCUGGCCAUUUUCAAUGUAAAAAUAUUUGACCCAUAUAUUUGACCUUGUAACUUUCAAAAAUGCUAUAAAACCUGUACAUGGGGGGUACUGUUUUACUCGGGAGACAUCGCUGAACACAAAUAUUAGUGUUUAAAAACUGGAAAGCGUAUCACAACAAUUAUAUCAUCAGUAAAAGUGCUGUUUGUGUGUGAAAAAUGCAAAAAAAGUAACUUUCGCUGACAAUAUCAUCACUGUGAUAUGUUUUACUGUUUUGAAUCACUAAUAUUUGUGUUCAGCGAAGUCUCCCGAGUAAAACAGUACCCCCCAUGUACAGGUUUUAGGGUGUCGUAGAACGUUACAGGGUAAAAUACAGUGCUAGCAAAUUAAAUUCUCUGGAAUUUCGGCCUGGGUUGGCAGGCAGGUCCCUCAAAUUGCAAUCAAUAAAAUUACUGAAUUAUGUAAAAAUAUUACAUAAAUACGCACGUAGAAUUUAAAUAUAUAUGCAUAUUUAUAUAUUUGAAGUCUACGUGUAUAUUUAUAUAAUUAUUUAUGUAAUUUUGUAUAUGGACAUAUGUAUAUUUCUUAUUAUUUUUAUUUAUUUUUAUAUACAUAGAUAUAUAUACAAAUUCAUUCUAAGUGUAUUUUGAUAUAAAUAUAUAUAUAUUAAUUUUAAAAUACAGUUAGAAUAAAAUUUCAUAGCUAUAAUUUUUUUUUAAAUAUUUUAUUAUUAUUUUAAAAAUUUUUUUUCAUUUAAUUUAAAUUACUUAUUAUUUAUAUUUUUAUAAUAAUAUAUAUACAAUAUAUAUAGUUAUUAUAUAUAUUAUACACUAUAUAUAGUGUGUAAUUUAAUUAUAAGUGUAUGUUUUAUAUUAAUAUAGGUACAUAUUAAUAUAAAAAUACGCGAAAAUAUGACUUAUUAUAUAUAUAUGAUAUAUAGACUUAUAUUAUAUAGGUAUAAUAUAUACGUAUACAUAUCAUAUAUAUACAUAUAUAAUUAUUUAUUUAUUUUUUAUUAACAGUAACUUUAUUUAUUUUUUGAUUUUACACUAGCAGGGAGACUGCCUGUCAGCACAGACAGUCCCCCUGCAGGCAGACACAUGGACACCUAUUGUGACCAUGUGAUCGCUGUGUUAAGUGAUCACAUGGCCACAGGGGUCCUAAUCUACCGUGGGGAGACUGUCUGGGCUGCAGGCAGUCUCCCCACAACCGGAGCCACGCUGAUCGCCGCCGGUGGAACGACGGCGAUCAGGUAAGUAGCUCUGACCGUUAGGACGGUUCAGGACCGUCAUCGGUCGGCAACGCAAAAAUGCCGAUGACGGUCCUGAACCGUCCUCGGUCCUUAAGGGGUUAACAUGCCCCCAUUUUUUCACCAAUAGAUGCCAAAGUAUGUGGUAAAAAAUAAUUUUGUGCGUUUUUUACAUAUGGAUUGCAUUUUUGCUGGGCAUUUUGUAUAUUUCACAUGUGCCACUAAGUUCAAACCCCCCAAAUUAUGUUCAGCUAAGUCUUCUGAGUAAAAUGACACCCCCAUUGUAUGUCUUUGGCACUAUUUUGUGAAGCUACAGUGCCAUAUAGGAGACCUGUCCUUUUCAGUACUCACAGUAUAAUUUUGAGAGACGGAUUUAAUGAGCCUAUGCUUCCAUUUGGGGUAUUAUAACAGUUUGACUGUUCAAAAAAAAACCACAAAGUCCUACCAUUUGUAAAAGUAGACACUCCAGGGUAUUUUAUAAGGUGCAUAUUGUGCCUUAACAUGCCCCCAUUUUUUCACCAAUAGAUGCCAAAGUAUGUGGUAAAAAAUAAUUUUGUGCGUUUUUUACAUAUGGAUUGCAUUUUUGCUGGGCAUUUUGUAUAUUUCACAUGUGCCACUAAGUUCAAACUCCCUCAAAUUAUGUUCAGCUAAGUCUUCUGAGUAAAAUGACACCCCCAUUGUAUGUCUUUGGCAUUAUUUCGUGAAGCUACAGUGCCAUAUAGGAGACCAAGCCAUAUCAGUUUUUACCGAACUUUGAAUUUUGACGCUGGGCCUAUGUGCAAUUAACAAGCAUCUUAGCAGGCUUUAAAUUCAAACUACCCCACAAAGGCCUACCAUUUCUUAAAGUAGACAACCCAGGGUAUUUCAAAAGGUAUAUUCUAAACCUUAGUGUAGGAUCAUUUUUUUGUUAGUUUGUACCAAGUCUAGUUGCAAUUAGCAUUUUUUCUGCCUUUUUGACACACACUUGGAGAUGUUACUGUAUAUUUUGCUAUCCUUAUGUGUGCUACGUCAGUAUAACACCUAAUAUGUUGCUCAACUAUGUCAUCUACCCCCAUGUGUACCUUUCUCAGGGUUAUGUGGAUGUUGAAGGGGCACAUUGGAGACACACCACUUCCAUAUUUUUCAAAAGUGGAUGCUGGGCCCAAGUCUCAUUUUAGCAGCUCAGGACUGCAAAUUACCUCUCAAAGGCCACAUAUAUUUUUAAGUAUAAGCAGCUCAUCAAUUCAAAUUAUGAACAAGUGCAUACUAUUUGCUGUGAAAAGGUGGAAUAGUUGGGGUAAACUUAUCCGGGGGUAGUACCCAGUCAUCUGCGUCCCGGGCAAAGCUGUCAUGGAUUCCGAAACCAAAACACAGACAGGCCACAAAGAGAGAGAACACAGAGAGAGAAACUUGUAAUACCGGUCCUUAGAAUGGCCGGGCUAUACAAGCAGAGAAUUGUCAAGGUACAAGCCGAGGUCAAAGGAGUAAAGAGAAACGUAACAACGAUAGGACAAGCCGAGGUCAAGGAUCAAAGAAGACAGGAUAAGCGGAAGACAAAGCCAAGAUUCGGUAACCAGUCAGACAGAUGACUAAAAAUCACACCCCAAAACUAGUCUACUUAUUCGGCCUGGGUAUGAAAAUUUUUAAAACAGUGGCCAAUACAUAGGCCGGGCUGAGAGGGGCAAUCAGGGCAGUAAUAGCUGGUCUCAGCUCUUAUGCCCCUCUUGUAACACACCCUGCACCUUUUCUGGGGGUUUUGUUUUUAGGGGUUGGAGGAAUCUUUAAGCAGAAGUGACCUGCCUCCAUUCUUCUUCUAGGCUCCACUGAUGUUCUCUUUGUGUGGCACUCAAGUAGCCCAGAAAUUAGCUCAAACUGGAAUGAAAGAAAAGUGCUUUUCAGCCCAGCAUUUGCCUUUUUAAAAAUGACAAAGGCAUUGUGGAUUGCCAUCUGCAUCAGAUAUAUGCCCACUUUUUUAUACCAUGCCCUGGUCUUUCGCAUGAUCAAAUACGGCUGCAUCAGUUGAUUGGACAGGUCAACGCCCCCCAUAUGCCGAUUAUAUUGCCGUAUGCAGAUUGGCACUCGUUUACAUUCCUCUCGGCCACGAACUGCGACCCUCCGAGUGUUUUCACCAUGGAUGGUGGUUAAGAUGAAAACAUCCUUUUUAUCCCUGUACUUGAGUACCAGCAGUUCAUUCUGGCAGAGAGCUGCUGUUUCCCCCCUUUUCAUUUUUUUGUUCGCAAGAGCCUUUGGGAAACCUGUGCGACUCUUCCAAAUAGUGCCACAGGCCACGGUCUCGAAGCAGUACAACAUUUUUAACAGUGGGAUGCUAUUAUAAAAGUUAUCGAUGUAUCAAUGAUAACCUUUAUUAAGUAGUGGCAUUAUUAAGUCCCAGAAAAUGUUCCCACUUGUCCCUACUAUAUCUGGGCAACCUGGGGGAUCAAGGUGGCUAUCCCUUCCUUCGAAUACACAGUAGGUGUAUACAUAGCCACUGCCACUUUCACACAGUUUAUAAAAUUUGAUCCCAUAUCGGGAUCUUUUGGAUGGGAUAUAUUGUCUAAACCCCAACAAUCUUCCCUUAAACUUCAUGAGGGACUCGUCAAUGGAAAUGUUUUUAUUGGGGGUAUAUAUAGUGGCAAAUUUACUGUUAAGGUGGGCAAUUAAAGGGCGUAUUUUAUAAAGAAGAUCAUACUGCGGAUCACCUUUUGGAGGGCACUUGUUAUUGUCACUAAAGUGCAUAAAUCGCAGUAUGUCUUCAUAUCUUUCCCUCGUCAUUGUCUCGGCAAAAAUGGGGGUAUUGCAAAUAGGAUGUUUAGACCAAUACAUCCUAAUUGUGGGCUUUUUAAUUAGCCCCAUUAACAUGGUCAGUGCCCAGAAUUGUUUCAAUUCUGGCACACUGAUUGGGUUCCAUCUCUCUUUCCUGGAGAUAAGAGAGUCUGGAUUGCGUGCCAGAUACUGCUCCGCAUAGAGAUUAGUCUGGGUGACUAUCUCCCAAAAAAUCUCAUCCCCCAAGAACAGCUGCAUAACAUCCAGCGCACUAUAGCCAGACAGGUCAGCCUGUAUGACAGGAUUGGCUGUAAACACUGGGAUGUCUGGGGAAAAACUAUUAGGGGGUACCCAGUCAUCUGCGCCAUGUUCAGCAUUAGGGGAAUUGUCGAUUUCCCCUGAUGGUCCUGCAGUAACUGGCACAUAGUCCCUGUCCCCUGCGUCACUCUCUGAGGCAGUGUCUGUCGCCUCUGAGUCAGUCGCUAACAGGGCAUAAGCCUCCUCUGCACUAUACUUCCUGAACAUUGUUAAAUACAGUUAACACAGCUAACAAAACUUUAACUAAAUAACAAAACUUUAAAAAAAAAAAAAUUUUAUUCCCUAAUUCCCACUAAAUUCCACCCACCCAAGUAACUAAAUCAUAAACUAAUAAAAUCAAAUAAUAAAAUUUAACCCCUUAGGGUUACAAAAAACAUAAAAUUUAACCCUUAAAAGUAAAAAAAAAAAAAAAAUAGAUCACAGUAAAGUACUGUGACCUGUAUAUUGAUCACUGCUAGCAGUGAUCAAGCAGCAGGGAAAGGGUUAAAUUUUUUUUUUUUUUUUUUUAAUAAAGGGGAAAGGGAUUAGGAACCUUUUAUAGAUAUUCACUAUUCUUCUGGGACAUAAUGUUGCAACGAUCCGUCUCUCUCCACUUCACAAACCCACACGAGGUGGAGGGAGGCGGAUCAGAUAUCCCAGCAGCAUUGUGACCGCUGUGACUGGUUGUCACAGCAAUCACAUGGGCUGGGAUAUCGGGAUUUGCUGUUGCUGGUCUGCCCCUAACUCUGAGGCACCCAGCAACAACGUUAACCCCGCGAUCGCCGGCACCGCGGCGAUCGGGGGUUAAUUGUAACGCGUGACGGACAAGGUCCGUCACUCAUCAUUAAUGCUUUCCCCUGAGUGACGGACCUCGUCCGUCACUCGUCAUUAAGGGGUUAAAUACACUAUUAAAAAUCCUGUUUACAUUUUUUUAUUUUUUAUCUUUAUUGAGAUAAAAAAAAUGCCAUUACAGAAUAGAAGUCAACAGUCAUAGUUGUCUGGAGCAUAUAUGAGAUAUGCAAAAAUGAACGUAUAUAUGCAGAUCAGGAUAGUGAAACAGGAGCCAUAUACAUAUUACAAUACGGAUUAGAUUACUAUUGGUUAGUUAGUCAAACAAAGUCUCGACCGUUGUGUUUUAUUUGUGCAUUUUCAACUAUAUUUGUAUAAUCAGUGGCGUCACCUGGUGCAUUUCUUUCUUUACAAUUACUUUAUGCCAGUGACGGACUGAGAACUUGGGGAAAUCGGUCAAGGACCGAGGGCCAGAGGCUUUGGGGGGCCCGCCCAUGGUACAGUGCAGUAAUAGCUGAGCUGGAGAGUUCAGCAAGUUCCCCAGCCAGCCUGCAUUCAGUAAGGGGCCCGCACAGCCUUCUGCAUGUGGAGCUGCAUAUAAGGCCAGUUGUGGCUGCCAUUAAACUGUUCCUCUUCACCCUCAACAUAGAGCCUUGUCUCAUGUGUGGAGGGGACAGCUAUAUUCCCUCUGGGGAUUGCUAUAAUCACUAUACUCCCUUGGAUUAUAACACUUGCUCUUGUAAGAGCAUCCUACUUUACUCUCUGGACUAAGAGAGGUCUACUCACUGGAAGCUGGAUUCUGAUCUUGGGUCCAGGGUAGAUGGAGGACAGUGAUACCCCAACCAAGCUGUAGCGCAGGCUGUGGGGUUUACGGUGGUUAUGGUGUCUGGUGGAGAGCUUAGGAGUACUCAAUGUUUCUAGGAAGCAGCGUUUGGCGGAGGCACUCCAUUGGGGUGCCAGGCGAUCCGCCACAUCUGGUUGGCAGCGGUGGGAUGGCUUCCUAGUGAGUAUAGAAGCGUCCUGGAGACACUGUUUGGAUUUACAAAUUGAGGGCAAUGCAAGUAUUCGUACAGCUACCCUGUCUACAGCGGUAUGGAACCAGCUAGUCCCAGGACAGCGUUCGCAUAUGAAGAGGAGGAUGACCCGGACUGGAGGGAUGCAGUCCGGAAAGACGUCUGGUAUGAGGCCCUGGAGAGUGUACAGCAUCAGUGGGGCUAAUGCCUCUCCUGGGAGAGCAGCCCCUGGAUGAGUGGGUGACGGAACUCGAGAGUCUGGUAUGGAAAGAACUUUGGCUGGACGACGCCUACCAGGCACUAUGGUGGGACACGGUUCGGCAUGCCUCCUGGAUGGCUGAGAACGACAGGCCCAAGGGUGAUGAUUACAAAGGCCCUGGCCUGUUGCGGGAGGGCUUCGCAGAACCGGAAUUCGGAAGUUCAGGAAAGUCCCGAUUCUGGGACAUCUAUGAUUACAGGGAGGGCAUGCAUGAUUGCCUACCGCUAACGAGGUGAGGCAUCCUGACAUCUUUGGUGACAAUGCAGUGGCAGCUGGAGCAGGAUUACCUACACCUGCUCAGCUUAAUUCGGCCCCAAUAUACCCUGCAGGAGAGCUGGGUCCCCUACAGUGGGGGAGACCUGGCAGAGGUACCCCCUGCUUCACUACCAGAUCCAGAAGUAGGGGACCUCAUCAACUGGGCCUGGGAAGACCCCCAGUCGGCAGGUGAAGAUGGGACAAAGGUCUCUCCACUGGCCCUACAGGGAUGAUGGGCAGCCAGCCCAGUUCCCCAACCACAGCCAGAGCUACUGGGAGUAGGAACAGUUGGUCCUUCUCCUCAGCGGCAGCUUACCUUACAGGGAGAGGAGACUCCCUAGCGGCAGCCGGAGAUACCAGAGGAUGAGACAGCUGGUCCCUCUUCUCAAUUACACUGGUCCUGGGGGAACACCAACUGGCAGGUGCUGAUGGGACAGAGGUCUCUCCACCGGCCCUACACUGAUGCUGGGCAGCCGGCCUAGAUCCCCAACCGCCGCUGGAAGUACCAGGAGGUAAGAGCAUCCUUGCAAGAGCAUCCUGCUUUACUCUCUGGAGUAGGAGAGGUCUACCUUCUGGAAGCUAGAUCCUGGUCUUGGGUCCGGGGCUGGUGGUGGACAGCGGGACCCCAACCAAGCUGUAACGCUGGCUGUGGGGUUUAUGGUGGUUAUGGUGUCUGGUGGAGUUCUUAGGAGUACUCUGUAUUGCUAGGAAGCAGCGAUUGGCAGAGGCACUCCACCACACCCUCCUAGGCUGCCCCUCAGUGUGCUGUCUCAGUGAACUCAGGCUCACUGAGCUGCCUGUAACACUGCUCAGGGCAGCUCUGUGCAGCUAAUUCUGCAGGAAGUGACAUCAUCAGUCACAGUCCAGCGUGAGCUGUGCGGAGCUGCCUGAGCAGAGUUACAGGCAGCAUGUCAAGAACCUGUGCCCUGGGACGGUGAGGGACUUUCAGAAGAGGAUUCUGGAUGGACCACCAGGGAGGUAAGACUUAGGGAGGGAGGAUUUAUUUUUUUAAAUCAUUUUUAAUUUUAUAGUCUCCCCCACUACUGCCCCAUCACAGCCCUUAUACCCCCAAACCCCCUAUACCUUUACACUAACUACAACUCAUAUCAUCCUAAGCUACCCUCUGCAGCCACUACCCACUGUUCUCCCCUACAGCCACUAUCCCCCUGCUCCUUCUGCAGCCCCUACACCCUGCUCCUUCUGCAGCUCCUACCUCCCUGCUCCCUCUGCAGCCCCCUGCUUCCUCUGCAGCCCCUACACGCUGCACCCUCUGCAGCCCCUACCCCCUGCAGCUCCUACCCCUUGCCCCCUCUGCAGCCCCUACCCCCUGCUCUCCCUGCAACCCCUGCUCCUUUGCAGCCCCUACACCAUGGUCCUUCUGCAGCCACUGCUCUUUUUCAGCCCCUAUCCCCCUGCUCCCUCUGCAGUCCCUACCCCCCUGCUCCCUUUGCAGCCCCUAGCAGUCCCUACACCCUCUGCAGUCCAUGCCCCCUUGCUCCCUCUGUAGCCACUAGCCCCCUGCUCUCUGCAGCCCCUGCAGCUCCUACCCCCUUACAGCCCCUACCCUCUGCAGUCCCUACCCCCUUACACCCUCUGUAGCCCCUACUGCCCUGCUCUCUUUGCAGCCCUAACCCCCGGCAGCUCCUCCUCCCUUCAGCCCCUACCCCCUUGCUCCCUCUGCAGCACCUACCAUUCUGUCACCCAUGUCCCUCUGCAGUCCCUACCCCCUGAUCCCUUUGCAGCCCCUAGCCCCUUGCAGCACCUACACCCUCUGCAGUCCAUGUCCCCUUGCAGCCACUAGCCCCCUGCUCUCUGAAGCUCCUACCCCCUUGCAGCCCCUACCUCUGCAGUCCCUACCCCCUUGCACCCUCUGCAGCCCCUACUGUCCUGCGCUCUUUGCAGCCCUUAACCCCCUGCAGCUCCUCUCCCCUUGCAGCCCCUACCCCCUGCAAUCCCUACUCCCUUGCUCCCUCUGCAGCCCCUAUCAUUCUGUCAUCCAUGCCCCCUGCUCCCUCUGCAGCCCCUUCACCCUCUAUAGCUCCUAGCCCUCUGUCGCCCAUGUUCCCCUGCAGCCCCUACCCCCCCUCCCCCGCAUCCUCAAUAGCCCCGGCGCCCACUACAGCCCCUGCCCCUAGGCAUUUACUACAGCCCCUAUACCCCAUGCACCCACUACAGCCCAUGCUCCCAGGCACCCUAUACAGCCCCUACCCCAUGCACCCACUACAGCCCCUAUACCAACUUGCAUUUACUACAGCUCCUAUGUCCCCCUGCAAAGACAACAAUGCCUAUUACCUCCUGCACCCACUAAAGCCCUAUCCCUCCUCGGCACCCACUAAAGCCUCUACUUCCCCUGCAUCUACUAAAGCACUAUUUACACUCCUAUUUCCCCCUGCAAUCACAACAGUUCCUCUGCAUCCUCUACAGCAUGUCCCACCUCUUCACCCACUACAGCCUCUAUUCCCGCACCCUUUACAACCCCUACCCCUGUCACCCUUUACAGCCCCUUCCCCCUGCACUCACUGAAGCCACUUCCUACCGGUGCCCUCUGCAGUACCUUCCACUUUGCAUACACAAGCAUAAAGGGACACUAUAGUUACCAGAACAACUAUAGCUUAAUGUAGUUGUUCUGGUGAGUAUAGCCUGCCCCUGCAGGGUUUUUGCUGUACACACUGCCUUUUCAUAGAAAAGGAAGUGUUUACAUUGCUGUCUAGGUGCUUACUGUGUUUACAUUGCUGCCUAGGUGCUUACUGUGUCAGUGUUGCAAAAUGUACAGCACUGACAUUCAGUGUCUCCAUGCAGAGCAUUUGUCAUAGAGAACCACUGAUUCAAUGCAUCUCUAUGAGGAGAUGAUGAUUGGCACAGCGUAGCAUUUUGCCGCGCAUGCACAAUAGCCUUCCAGUGCUUUCCUAUAUUGAAGCAUUGGAUUGGCUGAGAUCAUCUAAAUGGAUGUACUCCGCCAAGGAGGCGCAACAGGGGCGGUGCAGCCACAAGUUUGGUCAGUGCUAGAAAAAAGGUGAGUAAAUUGCCUUUUUAAGGGGGCCUAUAAACCUAUAGUGUCAGGAAUACAUCUUUGUAUUCCUAACACUAUAGUGUUCCUUUAAGGUAGCUCGUAACAUUUAACAGUUGAUUUGUAAUUUAAGACGCGAAAUUUGGAGGCCUGCAUACCUCAUACAAACACAUUGCCAAAAUCCACAAAUGACCCCUUAUACAUAUUGCCAUGCUACACAAACACACGUGAAACAAAUACAACCCUAUUUACAAAACCAAAAAUCUGUAUUCAGAAAUACUCUGAAUCCACAUAUCCUGACACUACACGCAAAGACAUACAUAUAUUCACUUACAGCAGGGCUCACACACAGAAGUGAAUACACACACAGAAACAUACAUUCACUUUACAUGUACAUACAAUCAAAUACAUGGUACACCUACACCAGCAUAUAUAUCGGUCUGCUGGGGGCCCAGGUGCUAAUUUUGAGUGGGGGUCCAGGCCAUUGUCAGUCCGUCCCUGCUUUAUGCUCUUGCAGCCAUGGCUGUCGCAAAAGCAUGCGAUUGGCUACGGCCCGCGGGAGAAGAAACUGUCUUGAGGCUGAUCGCAGGACACAGAAGCCUCCAGAUGCACCCUGGUGCGGUCCGCAUCCCCUUGUGACGUCACUGUAUAUAAUGGGUUUAUCAAUGUAGAAGAAAACAAUCAAUGUAGAGGUUAAUAAGUAAGCAAAAAGAGAGUUUGUGCUAAGUCAAAGGAAUUUGUUGACCACUGAGAAAUAACACAUAUUUUUAGAGUGUUACGUGUUACGUUGGUGGUCUCGCACGUCCUAGGAUAAGCCCUAGGAGUUCCGUGAAAACUGCCAGCCAAGAGGAAUUGGAGUAUUUUAAUAAAGAAUAAAAUGGGAAAUAGAGAGUGAAGAGCACAGGUUAUGGGAUAAUACAUAUAAUGCUCAUAAGAGUAUUAUAUAAAGUGGUUCUUAAAUUAAUGAAUUCAGAAGCAAGUAAUGUAGAGGCAUGUGUUAAAUUUGUGAUGAAGUUCAAAAUCUUCGUCUGCUCUACAAGAACGCUAUCCAUGGGUCCCAAAUAGCCUUAAAAAGAGUAUCUGUUUGAUGGAGAUUUGACUGAUGGUGCUGUGGGCUUUUUCCAACUUAAAGGAAUUCAUAAAUUGGCUGCUGUCAGUAGAAGAAUCAGCAGCUUUGUUGUGGGUUGGAUAGUGGUGUUUGAAAUGGGUAAAACAGUGGUUUUGGGUCAAGUGGGAGUUGGAUGCCUGUAAUGAUAUUAAUUAAUUUAGUAACAUUUUCCCAGUAUUUGUGAAUCAGGCAGGUCCACCAUAUACAGUGCCUUGCAAAAAUAUUCACCCCCUCCCCCCCCUUGGCUUUUUACCUAUUUUGUUACAUUACAGCCUUAAGUUCAAUGUUUUAUUAAUCUGAAUUGUAUGUGAUGGAUCAGAACACAAUAGUCUAAGUUGGUGAAGUGAAAUGAGAAAAAUAUAUACAUACAACUAUUUUUUAGAAAUAGAAAACAGAAAAUUGGCAUGUGCAUAUGUAUUCACCCCCUUUAUUAUGAAGCCCAUAAAAAGCUCUGGUGCAACCAAUUACCUUCAGAAGUCACACAAUUAGUGAAAUGAUGUCCACCUGUGUGCAAUCUAAGUGUCACAUGAUCUGUCAUUAUAUAUACACACCUUUUUUGAAAGGCCCCAGAGGCUGCAACAUCUAAGCAAGAGGCACCACUAACCAAACACUGCCAUGAAGACCAAUGAACUCUCCAAACAAGUAAGGGACAAUGUUGUUGAGAAGUACAAGUCAGGGUUAAGCUAUAAAAAAAAUACCCAAAUCUUUGAUGAUCCCCAGGAGCACCAUCAAAUCUAUCAUAACCAAAUGGAAAGAACAUGGCACAACAGCAAACCUGCCAAGAGACGGCCGCCCACCAAAACUCACGGACCGGGCAAGGAGGGCAUUAAUCAGAGAGGCAGCACAGAGACCUACGGUAACCCUGGAGGAGCUGCAGAGUUCCACAGCAGAGACUGGAGUAUCUGUACAUAGGACAACAAUAAGCCGUACGCUCCAUAGAGUUGGGCUUUAUGGCAGAGUGGCCAGAAGAAAGUCAUUACCUUCAGCAAAAAACAAAAUGGCACGUUUUAAAUUUGCGAAAAGGCAUGUCGGAGACUCCCAAAAUGUAUGGAGGACGCUGCUUGUAACGAAUCACCUGGCACCCCGACUGGGUACCUCCGUUAAAGGAUGCUCCUAGCGCUUCCUGAGGACUCCAAGCACUGCAGCAGACACCACAGCCACCGAACCGGAGAAGCAUACGAAUGCUCUCAAGCAUAUAAAUGCUGUAAACGGCUGAACAGGAAAAGCAUACAAUCAGCUUACACUCCUGGCAAUCAGCAUAUAAUCCAAUUCCCCCAAUAACGAGACAACACUUCGUUUUGAGGUCAAGCAGAACUGACUGUACUGGCACAUACAGCCUCUUUUAUUCACAAUCCACAAACAUAGUACUGCCCACAGGGUUUUGAAAUACAACCAAUCAAUCCGUACAAUACACACAGACACUCCCACACAAAAUCCUCCCCUCUGCCUGUGAUAUGACUACUGAACACAAUGGUUAAUAUGAUUAUCACAGGCAGAGAAAUACAGUAUUAUAAAACAUACCACAGGGACCCCAAAACAUGCAAUAACCCCAUCUGGGUGAACCACAUAUCCAAAAUUCACCCAGAUCCGUUCAGUAGUUUGGAAGAUACAGUUUAAUACAGAUUCCGCAGAACAUAUACAGGCUAUAAGAAAAAUAAUUACUGUAUAAUGUGUCCCCUGUUGUAUAGUUUAAAACUACUGCACGAUGUCUUUGUGCACCAAAUACCGGCGAGAUGGCACCGUGUAGAAAACUCCAAACAGUGUCUGUGAGUUAAAAUGGCCGCCAUCCAUUGUUCUCACCAUGUGCCUCUGAUACAUGAAAUGGUGGCCACCCAAUAACUCCACAGUAUGUCCCCAGAUGGUUCUUAAAGGGCCAGCAGCAUCAUAAUAAAAAUCUAUUAUGCCCAAAUCAGUUCCUAGACAGGCAAUACAUCUCAGGGCCAUAGUUGCAGGGCAGGAGGCUGGCAAACAGUAUUCUCCAAUGCCCAGUGGCGAGGCUGAUUCCGCCACAGUGCUCUUGUCUGAUGAGACUAAAAUUGAACCUUUCGGCCAUCAAAUAAAAGGCUAUGUCUGCCGCAAACCCAUCACAUCACCCAAAGUACACAAUCCCCACAGUGAAACAUGGUGUUGGCAGCAUCAUGCUGUGGGGAUGUAUUUCAGCAACUGGGAAACUGGUCAGAGUUGAGGUAAAGAUGGAUGGUGCUAAAUACACAGAUACUCUUGAGCAAAGCCUGUACCACUCUGUGCAUGAUUUGAGACUAGGACGGAGGUUCACCUUCCAGCAGGACAAUGACCCCUAACACACUGCUAAAGCAAGUCUUGAGUGGUUUAAGGGGAAACAUGUAAAUGGCACUAUAGGUUAUGAGGCAACAAAAACUUUAAAAAUUGCCAAGGGGGGGGGGGGAGGGGGUUGAAUACUUUUGCAAGGCACUGUAACUAGGGGGGGAAAUAAUACAUAAGGUAUGGAUAGGCUGAUCCUUAUUUAACAUUUCAAUUCUUAACUUACUUACUUUUAUGUUCCUAUUUCAGUGAUUUCAUUUGGAGUGAAGAUGAGCAUGCUUGUGUUUUUUUUGUGUUUAUUCUUGACAUCCUCUGCAUCCCGUGGACCUGAUUCCUUCAUCCAUCCAAGUGAAGGAAACUCUGAACAUCAUGAACACAAUUAUGAUGAAAAGAUGUUCCUCGGAGGAGAGGUACUUGCAAGAAUGACAUACUCUUUUUCUACCAAAUGUUUAAGUGACUGUAAACUUUCUUAUUCACUUUCUGUUUCUUUAUUCGAACCAAACUGUCCAGUGUCAAAUGGACACUCUGGAACUGUAAAACACUUUAUCUUGCUGAAAUGCUUUAUGUGUAAAGAGUGUGUCCUCUUUAUUUAUUUUUUUACAAAACGGAUAGAUUUCAAUAGAAACAGGCACUUUUAUAAAUUAACCUUAUUACACCCCCUUGGGUGUUAGUCAAACAACAGGUCCUGCUUCUUCCUUGCUUGGUUAGCUUAGUGCAGGGGUCCUCAAACUCCGGCCCCCCCAGAUGUUGCUGAACUACAACUCCCAUGAUUCUCUGGCUAUCUAUGUAAUUCAAAGAAUCAUGGGAGUUGUAGUUCAGCAACAUCUGGGGGGCCGGAGCUUGAGGAUCCCUGGCUUAGUGGAACUAAGCUCAAGAAGCAGCAAGUGCCCAGAGCACCUGCCUUACAAAGACUUCUGUUUGAGCUGCAUUGGAGCUCAUUGAGUCUGUGAUUGGACAUUCACAGAAAGUAUGGGCAAGAAUGGGAUAGCUUGCAAAGUUUUCAGACAAGAUAUCUGCUGCUAGUGCAAGCUGGUAUUAGAUCUAUCCCUAUGAAAGAAAAGGCAUAAUUAAAAGCAUUACUGCCCACUCCCAUCUCCUACUUUCCUCCUGCUUUCCUUCCUAUUCUCUUUAUCCUAUCUUUUCACUCCUACAUACUUCACUUUACUUUACCCCUACUUACUCCAAGGCUUGGACUGUUGCCAAUUCUAUUACCUUAGUGCAGAACACCCGCCUGUUAAACCAAUAAAGCACCAGUUGCAGGCUCUAUCGAGCACUGAGUGGCCUAGGACUCACCGUUUCUAUUUAUUUUCCUUUUUAUGUCUUCAUUGUUAAAAUACAUAUUGUAGAAGGCAAUUAAACUUACCUAUCGUUCUUCUAGUUAUUUAUGCAUACAGUGGGACCUGUAUGUCCAUUUUUCUAGCAUUGAAGGACCUGCGAGUCCUAUAUUGUUUUUGCAGCAAUUUUUAAAAAUUAAUUUCAAUAAAAAGAAAUUACAGAAACAUUUAUUAAAAGCAUUCAUCUUUUUAUUUGGGGUAUAUACAUUGGGGUUUUUUGGGGUAUAACUACUAAACAGUGAUUUUAUGUAUUUCUUUUAUUUUGGCAGUGGAGUGUCCCUUUAAGACUCGAGUGGCUUAUAGUGGAUAACCAUCUGUAUGAAAUAUGCUUAAAUAUAAAUAUAAAAAAAUAUUUUAAUAUAAAAAAUAUUUUAUAUAAAAAAUGUCAACAAAAUCUUAAAAAAAAAAAAAAAUGUUGAUUUAGCUCUCACAUCAUGUCAGUAUUUAAAAAGAUACUUCGGCCGAUCACAUAGAGUACUAACAAAGUAAGGGCACACACAAAGUGAUUUUGUAAAAAGGUUUACUUAGAGACAAAUAUAGACAAAUACAAACAAUGUUACACUGGAAAAGUCACUUAGCUUAAGUUUGAAGUUUAUUAGGAACAUGGAAAAGACUUCUUUGUUGCAUUUUUUAAAUUUUAGAUUAGUUAUCUAUGUAAUGUGCAACAAUUUAGUAAUUGUUACCGUAUAGUUUCCCUUUAAGUUAAUGAUAUGCCGCAAAUAUCAUACAGGCAUAUAUGAUAUCAUGUGCUGCAAAAGAUAAUACAGGCAUAGAAGCAUGUAAGAUGUAGAAACACAUCAGAUUCCAGAGACUUAACCUGUAAACACUGCUUACUCUAAAGCUAUGUGCUCUGUCAUAGAGCUCUAAAUUCAUGUUAUGUCAUGGAAAAUGUUCAGAUCUGGAAGUCAGCUGUUAUUUUGACUCAAUUAAGACAUCACACCAAUACACCAAAAGUCUAACAUGAAUGUUUUUGGGUUCACGAAUUAGUGAAGUGACUGGUUUAUCAAACAUAAAACCCAUAUGUCUUUUGUUAAAUAAAUGUAUUUGAGUUGCUACCAAAGAAUCACAUGCUUAUGGCAAUAGUUCCAAUACAAUCGUAUUUUUGAUUUUCAAAAGGAAGAAGCAGAGGAUUUCAGUGACCUUAGUCUAGAAGAACAGUUAAAAAGGCUAAAAUCCAUUAUUCGAAAGAUUGAUCAGAGUGGAGAUGGAUAUCUCACAGAAGGUAAAUUACAGAUAUGGUGUAAAAAAUAAUAAUCAAUAAAAGUUGUCCCACCACUCACCAACUGCUGCAACUAUUUUAGGGUAAUUUUUUUCACACUAAAGCGCACAAACAAGUAUAUUUUACCAGUAAAAUCAAAACAAUAUAUGUGUUUUCUAAUCAUAAUCAAGCCAGAUCUAUGUUUUUUACAUAUAUUUUAUUUUAAACAGUCAAAUAGGCUAAGAAUAAAACCAACAAUAUGCAUAAUGCAGAAACUGCUGUUAACUCGAUCAUUUAGUGCAAGGUGCCCUUUCAUCAGUGAUUAGGUCAAUGCCCCAUGUGUGAGAAGCUGCUAUACCAGCUGUCUCUUCCAAUGAUAUGAGAGAUCCUGUAAAUGUUUGUGAGGAUUUGUACAGCACGGUGAAAUAUCAUUUUCCGUGGGUUUUUGUCUUUUUGUUGUUGUCUUUUUUUCAAACCAUAGGAACAAAAAAAAACAAAACAUUCAGGGUUUAUUUAGGAGAAACAAAAUUAAUAAGAAUACAAUACUCCAAAGUAAGAUACAUCGUUUGUAUCAAUAUAAAAUACAUAAUAUGCAUGAAAAGGAAGCAACCUAUUGAGUAUGUAUAUAUUAACCCCUUAAGGACACAACUUCUUGAAUAAAAGGGAAUCAUGACAGAAUAUUUACGUCAUGUGUCCUUAAUGGGUUAAGUUAAAUCUGUAACUAAGUCUACAUCCCAUCUCUUGAUGAGAUCUUCCUUCAGCAAAUAACCAAACUUACAUUACUACAAUGUGAAAAAACAAACAAACUAAAUAUUUAGAAACAGGAGUGGUGUAUUAAAUGGCAAUAGUGGUAUAGACAUGUAGCUAGUAUGUUUUAGGAAUGGAUGCAGAGGGAAGGUAGCAGCAGGGCCGGCGCAUCCGUCAGGCAGCACAGGCGGCCGCCUUAGGGAGCAAAAGCAGGGGUGGGUGCAAAAGCGGGGGGGAGUGGGGCGCAAAAGCGGGGGGGAGGUGGGGCGCAAAAAUUCCAGUCCCCUGCCUCUGGCUGGGGACUCAGAUUUUUCAACUUACCUCUCUCUUCCUGUAACCAGUGGAGUCAGCCGGCCCUCCUGAUGAUGUCAGGAGGAGGGGGCGUGACUUCCACUGUUUUUCUCCCAGACCGCUGGGGAGUCUGGGAGAAGAGCCCCUAUGUCCCCACUACAUUUCCUAACCCCCCAAUUACAGCCCAUACCCUCCACUACAGCCCCUACUACGCCCCCUAACGUUUUAACUAACUAAAGCCACUACAACCCACCAGGAGUGCCCUUACUGAGAUUAGGUUCCAGAUCCGCCCCUGUUCUGUAUGUCUCUAUCUGUAUGACUAUAUGACUGGAUAUGUAUGCAUUUGUAUGCCUGUGUCUGUAUGUGUAUAUGACAGUGUGUAGUGUCUGAAUGUCUCUCUGUGUGUCUAUAUGUCUGUGUUUGUUUGACAUUGUACCUGUAUGUGUAGAUUGUAUGACUGUGUUUGUUUGAUUGUGUGCCUGCAUAUAUCUGUGACUGUGUGCCUGAAUAAUUCUGUGUGCCUGUAUGGUUGUAUAUUGCUAUAUAUAUGUGGCAUGGGAGGAAAAAGACACACAAUGGGCCCUGGGUGGAGGAACACAAAACUACCUGGGGGGCAAUAACCACAGAAUGGGGCUGGAGGGAAAGAAAGAGACACACAAAGGGGUUGGGGGAAAGAAAGAGACACACACAGGGGCUCAGGAAAAAAAGAGAUACACAAGGUGGGGGGGGUUGUAAGAGACAUACGGGUGAAGAUGCAUUUAAGACAUAGUAAAGGGGGGGAUAAAAAAAGCUAAAGAGAAUAAGAAAUUCAAAAUGGGGUGUGGGGGGGAACGACUACGAGACACACAGAUAAAGAUUCUUUUUUAAAGGGGGAGGUGAGGCGACAAAAUGCAUCUUUGCCUGUGUAGCCAAAAUCCUUGCAUCAGCCCUGGCAAGCAGCAGUGAGUUAGUGGGGUAGAGAAGAUUGGGAAAUCAUAGAAAAGAGAGUGAGAGUGAAAGGGAUAGGAAGAGGAAAAAUCUGUUACAUCAAUUCCAAAAGGGAUAGGAACUCUGAAAAACUAUAGGACCCGCUAAAUGUAUUGUGGUGCACAUAUCCUGAAUUCUAAGGACUCUUGAAGAUAACAGUAUUGGCCAUGUAACCAAAUCGAGGUGUAUCUCUUUAUACAUUUUGCCAACAGAUAUAAUUUUGGUAUAGAAUGUGUUUCUUUCACUCAUGUAAUAUUUAUACAUACAUUUAUGAUGUCCUGGUGCCCUGUAAUAUAUAGUUUCUUACUUUCGAAAGUUGACUUUAAAUUUGAUUUGCAGUGACCUUCUUUAUUUUUGCUAUCCCUCAGAGGAGCUAAGUAAAUGGAUCCAAAAGUCAUUCAGGCAUUAUAUCCUAGAGGAUACAAAAGAGUUAUUUGCUGAAUUUGAUAAAGAUAAAAAUGGAUAUGUUUCCUGGGAUGAGUACAAUAUUCAGAUGUAUGAUCGUAUCAUUGACUAUGAUGAAGAUGUGGUUCUUCAAGAUGAUGAGGAGGAAUCUUUUCGACUGGUAAGAAACGAAAGGAAUAUCCUGCUUUAAAGAAAUAUAGCAGAAUUGGAAAUAAAUAGAUUAGCUUAAGAUUUUUCAAGCUCAGUUUUUUUUUGGCCUAAGUUUGUGCAGAAUAUUCUCCAGCAUAAAAAAUUACAUAGAAGUCAUCAAUAAUUUUUAUUUUCAUGAAGAUGAUAGAGGCACAUCCCAGUAAAGUAUGCCAUUUCUGUAAGUUACCUGUUACGAAGGUGACUAAAACCAAGACGGCUACAAUAUAUUUUACCUAUUGAUUUUUUAUGUUUAUUGCACUUUCCAUAGGAGUUUCCAUAGGAGUCUAAAAUCAAACAAUAAUUUCUCACUGACUUUCUAUUUGAAACCGCAGUCUGACAAUUGUACACAAGGUGGCACCCCAGUAUAAUGUACCAUCAUAACUGUGCACAGCACAUUUCAUUAGGGUGUGCACCCAGGAAUUUUUUGCUUAUGCUCUUUUUUUGUAAGGUAUAUAUGGUAAAUAUUUACUUAAAGGCUUUAUGUAUUUGGGAUUUAGGUAGGUAUUAGAUGCCUGUAAGUGUUUUAUCUGUCUCUGUGUGGUUGUGAAUGAGUUGCAACCAACUGUAACGAGCAAUGUGUUGUGGGCGAUUGUAUGACUUUUAGUAGCUUACAACAGUAAGUAACCGGUAUUACUAAAAGAAAAAGAUGGGGCACAGAUCUGGUCUUGACAGUUUGUAGAUUAGCCGGUACGUUGGCUGAUAGGGUGUGCAUGGACACCAGAACACCCCAUGCACACGCCUAUGUGUUCAGUAGAAUAAUAAUCCAUUCUCCACCUACCCAACUGAUUGCUUGAAUGAUUUCAAGUUUAUGACCCAAUAGUGAGACGUGUGUUAAUUAUGUGAUUCUUGAGUUUAAGAGUUUAAUGUGCUAAAUUGCUUUUGCACUUUGUUAAAACUUGAAUAAUAUGUCUUGAAUGUGGUAUGCAAAUAAACACAGUUUUUGAUAAAAUAAUAAAACUAUAUUGUGUUUAUCAAGAUUCACUUAAAGGACAAGAAGCGUUUCAAUUAUGCAGACAAAGAAGAUCCUCCUGGGCUGAAUCUGAUGGAAUUUACAGAUUUUGAGCACCCAGAAGAAUCUGAUCACAUGUUGGUAAGAUUUGAAUAUAUCCUGAAUUCCUAAUGAUACUAACUAAAGUGGCCAAGCUAAACUUGUAUCCUUUGCUAGAUCUAGCAUUAUUUAUCUCAGAGAUUGUUUCUUAUUAUAUUACAGUAAAUGCUAACAAGAACAUGAUCUGAGUUUCAGUGUCUUUCUCUCUACAAAAAGAGAGAUAUAUAACAAGUAAAACAUUAGAAACUACCCAAAUACCUGUAAGACACUUACAAUCUGAUUUGCUACCAUUUCUAGUCCAUUCUGCAUUCAGUGUCUUUUUUAUUUAUCUUUCCAAUGGCAUUUCUUGGCAUGUGCUCUGAGCAUAUCUUACUUUAGAUAAAUAGUCCUUAUGCUGGAAUAAAUAAGUAUAACAAUAAAGACUGUGACCAACUGAGGUGUACAGACCUUGGCUCUGACCACAGCCAAUAAUAAUGCAGAUAAAUAGGAAUGUCCAGCACAAACCUUAAGUCCAGAGAUCCUUUAUUUAAGGUGCCAAGAAAAAAAAAGUUUUGGCCAUAAGGAUAUUUGAAUUUAAGGUUUGUGCUGAACAUUCCUAUGUCUUACACUGGAGCAAGAUAUUGUUCACGCAUUUACUUUCAGGCUAAUGCCAAUAAAUUAAAAGUAUUUUGGAUUAUCUUUAAAAGAAUACUCCACGCAAUGUAACCACUACAGCAUUCUGUAGUGUUUAUUAUGUCAGGUGUGCCCUGGUUCCCCCCUAUGUAGUGUCACACUGUUUAGUAACAGGUGGACUUCUGAGGUCCACUAGAUUCUGCACCCGCCUCACUCCCACUUUGUCUGAAGCUCUGUUCAUUGAGCUAAUCCUGGCAGUUCAGGGCUGAGCUCAUUGGCUGAGAUUAAUAAGCUGAUGCAGGGCUUUUUUCAGGAGAUCCAACAGAAGUUCCUAAGCAGCAGCUUCCAGCUUUCCUUCUUGCAGAGAGGAGGUGAGGAACGACACGUUGGAUUCCAAGUCAAAAUUUAAACGUUUACUAAAAAAUAAUUAUAAUUUACUGUGACCACCUCCCAGAGAAAAGCAAGCAGUAAAAUGUUAGGAAGCCUACCUUUCUAACCUCUGAUUAAUACUGUUCUGUUUGUAAACUGAGAAGAAAAGUGUAUCAGCAAAGAGGUACUGGAGGCCCAGAUAGACACUUCUUAAUAGAGCAUUUAUUGCAAGUUACUCAGGAACACAAUAUCUGUCUGCAGCCUACCUUGCAAUAUCUUGAAGAUUUGCAUAUACACUUAUAUAGUGAGCACUCAACCUCAAUAUGGGAGAAUGUGUGGUAAAAAGGGAUGUUGGUUGCUUCAUGGGAAAAAUCUGUUCCCCCACCAGAUGCAUGCACACAGUAAAGAAUAAUAAUCACACCAGUAAGUUUGCAUAUGAAAUAGAUUUAUUCAUCCAGUGAUUCAAUAAAAAUAGUACAAGAAAAGUGCAAGCAGCAGUAUAGGCAUGUAAACAUUAAGUCACAAACCCAUAUCAAGAUAAGUGCUUAGUUAUAAAUCCAACAAAUCCAUAAUAUUGUAGGCAUACUAACCCAGAGCAGGAGAUACAGCAACCCCAACGUUUCGGCGUCUAGCCUUCCUCAAGGGAGAUCUGUCCGAGCAGGUUUUUGAAGAAAUCAAAAGGAUAUUGUCUUUGUUCAAGGCUGAGCAAGACUUAAGUGUUGGAGUCAAGCAAGCUCUUGAAUGUGUGUUCAAGAAUACUGUGACGGUAAAUUCGGAGCAUUAACUAGCUACCACCAUUGCAAAAAAAAAAACCUCACCACCCAUGAUAGGUGACAUUCUUGUUGGUACUCUACAGUGCUGCAUGACAGUAGUAAUGACACGGACCAUACAGUCAUAAAGUAGCACUGUCACCAGCAUCAACAAAUGUUAUUACCUUUCUAGGACUUAUUAUCCUAAUGAUUUUAUUAUUGAUCGAUUUUUAUUUCUAGGCUGGGAAUACAGCAUUAUAAAUAAGGGCAACGAUACCUUUGACUGAGCCUGAAUCACAGAAAAACAACAAGUAGAGCAGCUUCACCAGUGAUUGCUAUAGAGUUAUGGGAGUUAGGCUAAAGCAGCAGCUGCUAUCACUUCAAUUCCUCUUCCUUGAGAAAUGCCAGAGAAAAAUUGGGGAGAGUGAAAUACAUUGUCUUUCUUUGGCUUCUCUCGCUGCAUAUCAGUAGUUGAGAACGGUUGAAUUAAUAAGAUUAAGUCUCUGUGCUGCACAGUACCAAACACUUCAUGCAGCACAUAAUUUAAAAACGUAAUCUGCCUCUAUUGUUCUCACAGUGUGUGUGUAUAUAUAUAUAUAAUCAAUGCGUCAUGAGGCAUUUCUAUUUUCCAGAAACACAUGGGGCUGAAGCCCAAAGCAAAACUUGAUAACUGCUACUCUAAGAGAUAAGUGGAGAUAUAUAUUAAAUCCCCACUGUAUGUUUCCUGUCUCCUCCUUUCUACGCAUGAACAGCGUGUUUCCUAUGCUUUCCAGGAUUCCAGUGAAAGCAUAACGAAAAAGAAACACAUGCUGCAAAGUUCUGUAAGUUCUGUUCCCAAGCACCCCUUCCCAACAUCUUUUUAUGUCAGACAGCUGAUUUAAGGAAAAGAAACUAUAAUAAAUAAUACAAAAACACAAUUGUGUUCCUUACCCCCUCCACUACCUGUAUAGAUCUGGGACUGAAAAGUACCACAUCUUGGGUUUGUACCCCCUGCCUCCCACAGCAACACAUAUGGUUUUUACAUCUGCUCGUGCCUGUUUGGUUCUACUUUACGUCAGUAAUGCACAGAAGGAACGUGGCUCGUAUCCGUCGAGCUCCAGCCCUUGUGAUUCUUGCACUGAUACCAACAAAAUAAUUAUCAGUAAAAAUGAUGGGUUAUGAUGUAUUAACAGUUGUUUUAUCUGUUGUUUAGGAAUUCGUCAUCGACAGAGCUUUAGAAGAACAUGACAAGGAUGGCGAUGGCUUUGUUAGUCUUAGAGAAUACUUGGGUGAAUACACAGAUGAUCAAGGCAAGUUGAUGAAACAGUUUGGGUAGCUUCAUCAGCCGCCUCAAUGACAGGCAUUUCAGACCUUCCCGGUAGAUUUACGUUUGAUUUAAUCUUUAAAUAAUUACAUUUAAACAUAAUCAGUUAAAAAUAUUCCCAAAACCAGUUAGCAUGUUAAAGUGUACAGUAUCUGAAUGUCAAAGUCUGUUAUGUGUCAGUGGCAUAUUUGGAUAUUUACAUUGCAAUGGAAAAUAAAUCGAUAAAUAACAGCUCUGCCAUACUUUAGUAUAUAGGUGUAGAGAAUUAAGCCCCAAUAUUAGUUUGAAAUAAAAAAAAAUUGUACAAAUGCUUGUUAUUCAACUAAAGCUAAGGGUAGGCAGCCUUCAGCACACAGAUGUUGUGGACUGCUUCUACCCUGAUGCUUUGCCAGCAUUAUCGCUAUAAGAGUGUUAUGGGAGAUGUAGUACUGAAGCUUGCCUACUCCUGAACUACACAAUACAGAUAAAAUUAUAUUAAUGCCUGUAAAAUGCAACUGUGGCAGAUUAAAAGCUUUUAGCUGUGCUCUUUUGUAAUUCAGCAAUCGAAAAAUCCCCCAAAAGAAGACAUUUCCCCUGCAAAAGACCACCAAUACCUACAUUCAGGACCAGGGACGUGAGAUACGAAUAGUGUAACUGUGCAAAUCAAGCCUUUAUCAAAGGGACACUCCAGACCCCUAAUGCACUUUAGCUUGUGGAAAAGCUUUGUGUGUGAAAAGUGUGUCCUCUAUAUUUCAUUUUGCAACUAAUGCAGAUUUCAACAGAAAUUUAAACUUUUAUAGAUAACCUGGGUACACCCCCUUGGCUUUCAAGCAGACAGCAGAUCCUGUUAUUUCCUUGAUUGUUUAGCUCAAUGGAGCUAAACUCAAGCGGCAGCAAUUGCACAGGGCACCUGCCUUGCAAAGACAUCUCAUUGAGCUGCAUUAGUAAGUCUGUGAUUGGAAAGCCACAGGGAGUCUGGGUGGGGCUAGAAGGGGAGGGAUUGCCAAGGCAGAACUGCAACUUAUGCAUGCUGUUUUUAGAUGUACGUCCAUUAGAAAAUUACAUAAAAGUUUUAACUUGGUGUAUAUCUGCUAAAUAGCCAUUUUUAUUUUAUAAUUGGGGAGUAGGGUGUCCCUUUAAUGCACUGCACUAUGAGUUGUUUCUCUAACCUUUUUAUUUCCUGAAAGGUUUUGUUUCUCAAUUUUUCUGUUAUAUCAGAUUGUUUUGGACAAUAUUCACUAGGAUUUAAAUGCUUCACGUUUAUUUUUCAUUUUACUACAUUGAUAAGGCGAUAAGGCAUAUUUAUGCUGCACUUUUCUUCACAUUCAAAUCUCUUUGACUUUACUAAAAACAUUUUUUUUUGUUUAAUGCUAUUUUCUGCAUUGCAACUCCACCUCUUAGUCACAGCCCUCUUUUCUUUUUCUUGAAGAAGUCCAUAUAUAAAAUGUUUCACGAUUCCCUGUGUGUCACCAAUGCAUACACAGAGGAUUGUGGGAAAUGUAUGUCUGGAGCAUUGAUGAUCAACUGGCACUGAAACUGAGUUUGAUUCUACUAACCUAUGCUGUACACCUCUUCCCGUUAAACCUGAACAUUUUUAUUGUGCAUACUAAGAUGAGUAAAACAGGAACUUCCCCUGAUAAAGUGCUAACAGAUCCUCAUUUAUUGCCUUUAUGACUGAAUAGGACAGGAUUUAUUUGUACUAUCUAAGCAAGUAUCGCAUUUCUAUCAGUAGGAAGUGUACUCAUCAAACAUUUUACUGCUGACCACUGAAUUACAUUCUCUCUGUUAUUCAGAUUCCGUUGAAUUCCCACAAUGGGUCAUUGUUGAGAAAGACAGGUUUGUGAAUGAUUAUGACAAGGACGGCGAUGGCAAACUUAACCCCACUGAACUGCUUUCAUGGAUAGUUCCCAAUAACAGAGAGAUUUCACAAGAGGAGGUGAGUAAUAGAGAAAAAGGGGUAAGGUUGCACUCAGCCAUAGCAAUUUAGCCCAGGGUGCUACUAAGCAUGGGUCAGCUAAAAACCCCAAAGAAUAUGUACAAAUAGAAAAAUCUCAGGCACUCACUGCGAAUUGUAUGCAGGCAGAUUUAUUGCAACAUUUCGACCUGUUAAGGUCUUUAUCAAGCAAACAAUUUGGCAAACUUAACCCCACUGAACUGCUUUCAUGGAUAGUUCCCAAUAACAGAGAGAUUUCACAAGAGGAGGUGAGUGUCCUACGUUGAGACAGGUAAUCAUAGGUUUGGCUCUACAAACAAGUAUUAGGAUUGUCUAUUGUCUGCCUGAACUGUGGAACCAGAACAUGGGCUUGAGAGUAUUUUCUCCAGUUUCUUAAUAAUGUUGAGAAAUAUAUUACCAAAAGGGGCGCUGCAACCCUAUUGCAGUGAAAGUCAGAGAAAGCAUGGUAUAAAAUUGAAGCAGCCAGACUUGGUUUAGAUAACCUUGAAUUCCUCUUAUGGAGAGAGGCAAGCCAGAAUAAGCAUUUGUGCGAGAUUGGUUCUCAUUUUCCUUUGUCUUUAUCACAGACAUUAAAAGAAUGGACUAAUAUAAAGAAGAAGUUGAAUAUUAACAGAAAAUUAUAUGAGAACCUGAGUUUAAGGUCGUUAGAACGUUUUAUGCUAGAGAUAAACCUGACGAAUUGGUUUAAAGAUCCUAAUCAUAAGAUAAAAGAUCUUUAUAAUGACCACCAAUUGAAAAGCUUUGAAGUUCUGAAAAACUGGUUAGAUUUACCCUCUAGAGAAUUAUUUAAUUUUCUUCGUAUUAAGAGCUAUUUGAAAGAUAACAUAUUGGCUUUAGAAGGCCGUUUUGGAAAAUUGUUUAGGAAAAUCUUUUCAGGGUGUAACGUUAAAAAGAUUUUCUCUAUUGCAGUUGAACUAAUAAAAAUGAAAAGGACCCCACUUAUCCCCAAAGCCUUAACCAAUUGGGAAACUGAUCUAGCAAUUUCCAUUCCAUUUAAUAGUUGGUGUAAAUUCUUUAUGAGGACUAAAAAAAAAAUUCACUGCCUGAAUAUUCUAGAGACUUUUACUAAAAUAUUAUAUAGAUGGUACUUGGUACCGAUCAGACUUGCUAAAAUUUCUAUUACUAAUCCAUCUAAUUGUUGGUGGUGUCUACACCCAGAUGGCUCUAUGUUUCAUAUAUGGUGGACCUGCCAUCGAAUCAAGUCUCUCUGGACUAUUACAUAUGAAUUUAUAAAUAGAAUUGGAGGUAUUUAUUUGGAAUUCAAACCGGAAGUCGACCUACUCCAUCUUAUGGACUUAGAAAUAAAGGAUAAUCUUGAUAUUGUGAUUAUACAUUGUCUAAUGGCUACUAAAAUAUUAAUUGCUAGAUUUUGGAAAAGUACUGAUAUUCCUACGAGAGAUCAAGUUAAAGCCCAACUCCUAUUCCAAGUCGAGAUGGAAAAGGGGUUAAUGUACAUGAGAGAAUAUCCUAAUUUUAAUACUCUGACGUUUUAUUCCAGUCUUGUUGAAAAAAUGAAUGUGCUUUAAUGAGUUUGAGGUGGUGGGGUUACUUCAUACGAUCACCUUAUGGCUAAUCUGAUGAUCUCAUAUCGGGCACUAUUAUCGGGCUCCUUGUGCACAUACUGUAUUACUUAAUGUGGUAUUGGAUCUGCAAUUUAUAUGACCAGUUUUGUCUUUGUUUUUGUCUGUCUUAUCUAUAAGAUUUUUAAGGCCGAUUUUGGACCAUGAUAUCCCCUCGAUGGGACUUUAAUGUUACUAUAUUAUUGUGUACUAGACGGCUUAUUGAUGUAAUCUGAAAUAGAAUAAAGAAUAUUCUAUUCUUUAUACCUUUGUAUGUUUAAUGGGGAUAGGAGUCCUUAAUUUUUUCCUGUAAGGUUCCUUCCCCUAGAUGUUGUUAUGUCUAUUAAUAUUUUCAUGAAAGAAAUUAAUAAAAAGAAUAAAAAAAAAAAAAGAAAGUCAGAGAAAGCAUUCUGUCAUGGUGAACACCAUGUAAUCGAUAGGCUUAUUUCUAUUACUCACAGCAUUUAAACAUUGCCCGAGAGAUGGGCCAUUGAUCUUACAUAGUAUUUUACAUUGAAAAAAGACUUGGGUCCAUCAAGUUCAGAAUUUCACACAUCUGUUUCUGCUGACGAUCCAACAGAAAACAAAAAAAGAAUUUGAAAUUAUUCCCUACUGUGCCACAAAAAGUUAAAACACCCUUCUUGCCUCUACAAUGAUUAUAAGAUUGGAUUAACAGACUGCCACAGUGCCAGCUAAUGAUGUAUUUGAAUGUGCAAUUUUCCAAACAAAUAUCCAACAUCUCUAUGGGCCUAAUUGAUUAGGUCAUUGACUACUAAUUGAUUUUUGUCCCAUUUUCCAAAAAGUAGUGUUUGUGUUCUUGCUACCUAGGCAUUGUGAGUGUCUCUGCUGACCCUCUACCGCAGAUAUCCUGCAUCUAUAGUCUAACUUCUCUGAUGGGACACAUAUAGGUGUUAUUUUAUUCAAUUAUUACAUAAAAUGCCACACACUAUUCUAUAAAAUUCCUUGCAACCAUUUGGUGUGCAAUAGGUAAUAAGUACAUUGAGCUGGUGUGGGCAUUUGCAUCACUUCUCUCUAUGCUAUCUCUCUGUUGUCCCCUCCCCCCACGACUACUGACUGGCCCCGCUAGCCAUUUUACACCUAUGGACCCACAAUGAGAUUGAAGUGCUGUUUUAUUAUGUAUGAGGAGCCUACACCGAAGCUGAUAGAACAUAUAAGAAUGCAUGUAUAUUGAACAUAUCCACAUAUAUGUUAUACAAUAAGUAUAUAAUAAGUACAUAAGUAAAAAAAAAAAAAUGAAGGAAAACAUAAAAUGCAUGUUUAACAAAUUAGUUUACUGUUUAAGAAAUUAAUCAAGCAUUUUGGUGUUAAACUCUACCAACUGUAGUUUUUGAGUGAAAUUGUUGAUACCAUUUGUUUCUUUAAAGGCAACUCAUUUAAUUGAAGAAAUUGACGAUGAUGAUGAUGGGCGGCUGAGUGAAGCUGAAAUCCUCCUCCAUCAAGACUUGUUUCUAACCAGUGAAGCCACAGACUAUGGUCGACAGCUAAAGGAUGAACACUUUUACCACGAUGAACUCUAAAAGUCCUGUUUGUCCACAGUGGACUAAUUAUGAACUGAUUUAUUUUUUAAUGUGUGUCACAAGCUUCACUGAAACAUAGUAGGUAUUUCUGUUCAUUCCAGAGGUGGUCAAUGUCUGGUUUAAGAUAUUUUUAUUUGUUUGAUAUUAAAACACUAAGCAGCUAAUUUUAUGAAAACUAUUAAAUUGUGGACCAAUGAUUGGAACAUAAUUAUUGUGUGUUUUGUUUUAGUGUUUGGUUAUUGCUAAAAAAAAAUACAGAACCAGAAUGCAGACUAAUGAACACUGUAAUAUGUAGACUUUUAUUUUAUGCAUAGCACCUUUUAAGAACUUUAAAAAAAAAAACAGCAAUCUACUGCUGAAUUUAAAUAUAGGUAUAUAUAUUUUUAAGUUAGACAUUGAAUGUGAAGUCUUUAAAAAAUUGAAGGAUAUAAAAAGGAAACUCAUGUGCUGGCUGUCUGUCUGACAUCAGUAAAGGCAUGUUUUUUGGCAAAAUGUAAACAUUGAGAUUUAGUGGCUUUGGUGCAUGGAUUCUCCCUUGAAAGAAACACUCCAGUGGUACAUAAAUGCAUUUAUGUAUAACACAGGAGUGUUGUAUAAACAAUUUAGAUUAUAUCCCCCACUUCCCCCCCUAAAUAAAGGGUAAACUUACUUGUAAUCCAGCAGUGGGAUAUCUCCAGUCUGCAGCUCAGCUCUUCCUCUUGGAGAUCAUCAGCACUGAUGAUCUUCUGACCAAAGAAUGCUUCUCAUAGAGAAGCAUUGGUAGGCAGCCCACAUUGCCUACUACUUUGUGCUUAGGUGAAAAGCGAUCAGGAAGAACACCCUCUAGCUGUGUGAUUGAGAGAUGGGAAAGUGCAGUUUUGUCACUUUCUAAGAAAAAGUGUAGAUUUUUCUUGAAAAUGUCACUACUUGAUAGACUUCCUGUAGAAGCUAGAAGAGACACCUAGUCUGUAGUCAUUAUGCUGUACCUCUGCAUACCUGUUCUAGAAAGCCUCAGAAGAGAGAUGGCAAGGUACCAACUCUUUUUAAUAGGUAGCAAACGCCCCACAAUGUAUAGCUAAUGGUCAGUUGAAAAUGUAGGUAUGGAAAGACAGAGUACUCAUCUAAAUUGCUAGAGGACAGAAGUAAAAAAAAUAAAUUACGUAGUCAAAUAAAGGGAAUACAUCCAUUAUUGUGCCAUUGGUACUAAUAAUAUUAAUAACAACUCCUCUCUGUUGGUGUCCCCCAAGGUUCAGUCCUUGGUCCCCUACUGUUCUCCAUCUAUACGGCCUCCCUUGGUAAACUCAUUAGCUCCCUUGGUUUCCAAUAUAAUUUCUAUGCAGAUGACACGCAAAUCUACCUGUCCUCGCCUGAUCCUUCCCUGUCCCUCUUGACUAGUGUCUCUGACUGCCUCUCUUCUAUUUCUUACUGGAUGGCUGCCCACUUCCUUAAACUAAACUGGACCAAAACUGAAAUUCUGGUCUUUCCUCCCUCAAGUGUUGUUACUCCUGUGUCUGUCUCCCUCCAAGUCAGCGGUGCUACCAUCAUCUCCACCACGCAGGCUCGGUGCCUAGGUGUUCUCUUUGACUCCGACCUCUCCUUCAAGCCUCAUGUUCAGUCUAUCGCCAAAUCCUGUCAUUUCCAUCUCAUAAACAUUGCGCGCAUCCGCCCCUACUUAAUGCCAGAUGCGACUAUGGUGUUGUUCCAUUCCACUGUCCUUUCUCACCUUGACUACUGUAACCUGCUUCUCAGUGGUCUUACGUGCUUCCAACUUGCGCCAUUACAGUCCAUAAUGAAUGCGGCAGCGAGGCUCAUCUUCCUGUCCGCCCGCACCUCCUAUGCCUCACCCUUCUGUCAGUCCCUACUUUGGCUUCCUACAAAAUAUAGAGCUCAGUUUAAAAUUCUGGUUCUUGCUUUCAAAUCGCUACAUAAUGCUGCUCCCACCUAUCUAUCCUCCCUUAUACACAAGUAUGUCUCGUCUAGGCCCUUACUAUCUGCUGAAGACUUACGUCUAUCUUCUGUCCGUACUCCCACCUCUGAUGCUCGCCUUCAAGAUUUCUCGAGGACUGCACUGUUCCUGUGGAACUCGCUUCCCUCCUCCGUUAGAUGCUCACCCAGUCUCCACUCCUUCAAAAAAAACAUUAAAAACACACUUCUUUAUAAAAGCGUAUCAAUUAAACUGUUAAUAGCUCCCGACUGAUUCCUCUUCUGCAACUGUCAUUAGUCUAAUACUAUCCUUACCUUUUGUAUCAUUUUACCCCACUCCCUCUAGCAUGUAAGCUCAUUGAGCAGGGCCCUCAGCCCCUCUGUUCCUGUGUGUCCAACUUGUCUGGUUACAACUACAUGUCUGUUCGUCCACCCAUUGUAAAGCACUGCGGAAUUUGAUGGCGCUAUAUAAAUAACAUAAUAAUAAUAAUACAAAUACGGUUCAGACUACAAUGAGAAUCUAAACUGCACUUUAAAUACAGGAUAAUAAUCAUACUGACAUUCUCAUUAGCUCCUCCUCCUUCGUAAGAUACAUUGACCCACUUACAUAUGUGGGUCUACAUAACCAUCUUUACUAUCUCAGGGCCAAUCGUGGUAUGAGUAAAUAAAAGGCUAAUAUAUAAUAAAGUAAAAGUGUUACUCUCAAGUAAAAAAACCUUUCAUUAAACAUACCUUGUGCAAAACAAACUCAGAGCUUUGUACCCAUACAGGCCGCUUCGCAAGGCCUCUGGAGCAUCCCUGUGGGGGCUGGCAGUAUGGACUUCUAAGUCUUUCUCCACUAUGAGAGUUCAUUAGUAUGUCACUCCAUUUUCUAUUCUUAAAUAGGCAUCACUUGCUGGCCACAGGUGUGUACAGGCAGUGGACAGUAAGCUUUCUACCCACUUUAUUUAUUUUAAAGUCCUACAUCCCAUGCCAAUGUGACCCCUUGUUAUUUAAUAGGCCCCAUCCCUAUGGGUUUUAAACAUCGAGCAAAUAUCCCCCCACCUCUGUUAUAAUAAUAUGGUCUUAUUUUUAUUUAACUAUUUAAUGUGGUAAUAGUAAAUAAAAGAGAUGAGACAGCGCUAAAUAACUUUUUGCAGCAACCUUAAAAAGGGAAUCCCUUUAAACCCUAUAAAACAAGAUAAAAUAAAGACAAUAAAACCAUUUCAAAUAGCUUUAACUAAACUUUCUCAUUCUCGUUUUACAUUUAAACAUAAACUAAUUAAGUUGUAUAACUACUAAUUAUGCGUCUAAAGAGUUACUUCUGUAUUUUAAAGUUGUAAAUUUGCUUUUAAUUUUGAUUGGAUGAACCAAGUUUUGGCGCCAAAAUUCAAUCAAUUAUGCUCCUAUAUAAUCUCUAUGUGCCAGGUAAAUCAUGUUAAUCCAUUUCCCUUUUGUGACGAAACGCGUUAUGGAUAUUUGAAUAUUGUGUUUUUUAUAUAUAUUAAAGUAUUUUUGGUCA